AUGUCUCUCACCAACAAGCUCGCUAUCACCGAUGUCGACCUCAAGGACAAGCGUGUCCUGAUCCGGGUCGACUUCAACGUCCCCCUCAAUGACAAGAAGGAGAUCACCAACAACCAGCGUAUCGUCGGUGCUCUGCCCACCAUCAAGUACGCCAUCGACAAUGGUGCCAAGGCUGUUGUCCUCAUGUCCCACCUGGGCCGCCCCGACGGCAAGAAGAACGACAAGUACAGCCUGAAGCCCGUUGUUGCCGAGCUCGAGAAGCUGCUUGGCCGCAGCGUUGUCUUCACUGAGGACUGCGUUGGCCCGGAGGCUGAGGAGGCCGUCAACAAGGCCACUGGUGGCCAGAUUGUUCUCCUUGAGAACCUGCGUUUCCACGCCGAGGAGGAGGGCAGCUCCAAGGAUGCCGAGGGCAAGAAGGUCAAGGCCGACAAGGAGAAGGUCGCUGAGUUCCGCAAGGGCCUCACUGCUCUUGGUGACGUCUACAUCAACGACGCUUUCGGCACUGCCCACCGUGCUCACUCUUCCAUGGUCGGUGUUGACCUUCCUCAGAAGGCUUCUGGUUUCCUCGUCAAGAAGGAGCUCGAGUACUUUGCCAAGGCUCUCGAGAGCCCCCAGCGUCCCUUCCUUGCCAUCCUGGGUGGUGCCAAGGUCUCCGACAAGAUCCAGCUGAUUGACAACCUGCUCCCCAAGGUCAACAGCCUGAUCAUCACCGGUGCCAUGGCCUUCACUUUCAAGAAGACCCUGGAGGGUGUCAAGAUCGGAAACAGUCUCUUCGACGAGGCUGGCAGCAAGAUCGUCGGCGAGGUCGUCGAGAAGGCCAAGAAGCACGACGUCAAGAUCGUUCUCCCCGUUGACUACGUCACUGCCGACAAGUUCGCUGCUGAUGCCAAGACUGGCACUGCCACCGAUGCUGAGGGUAUUCCCGACGGCUACAUGGGUCUGGACGUUGGCGAGAAGAGUGUUGAGCUCUACAAGCAGACCAUUGCCGAGGCCAAGACCAUCCUCUGGAACGGUCCCCCCGGUGUCUUCGAGAUGGAGCCCUUCGCCAACGGCACCAAGAAGACCCUCGAUGCCGUCGUCUCCGCUGCUCAGUCCGGCUCUAUCGUCAUCAUCGGAGGUGGUGACACUGCCACCGUCGCCGCCAAGUAUGGCGUCGAGGACAAGCUCAGCCACGUCUCCACCGGUGGUGGUGCCUCUCUGGAGCUCCUUGAGGGCAAGGAGCUGCCCGGUGUUGCUGCCCUGUCGAGUAAGUAA